AUGUUUGAUCCAUCAUAAUUAACAAUCAAUUCAAAAAAUUAUUAAGUAUUAGAUCGAAUAGGAGAAGGUUCAUUUGGUAAAGUCUAUAAAGCUAAACAAUUUCCCAAUAAUCAAAUAGUAGCAAUAAAAAUUCAAAAUAAAAUUACCGAAUCUGAAAAAAUAUUAGUAAAGUAAUUUUUAGGCAGAAAAUUUAAAAAUCUUGUUAAUAUAUUUGAUUAUGAAGAAUAGCAGAAUUUAAUAUAUAUUGUGAUGGAAUAUUGUCGUGUUUCACUCUAUGAUCAAAUUUAAAAAAAAACCAUCUCACCAAAAGAUGCAAGAUAUGUUAUGAAAGAAAUAAUAAAUGGCAUAUAUGAGCUUCAUAAAUUAGGUUUAGCUCAUAGAGACAUUAAACCAGAAAAUAUACUUAUUUAUGAAUUAUAAGAUCAAGGUCAAACUUAAGAGAUUUAUAAAAUUUGUGAUUUUGGCACAUCUAAAGAAUUAGAUAAACUGUAAACUAAAUAAGUUGGAACUCCGUAUUACUUAGCCCCAGAAUAAUUAUAAAAUAAUGAAUAACAAUAAUUAUAUUCAUCAAGUAUAGAUAUUUGGGCAUUUGGGUCUGUAAUGUAUGAAUUAUUUACUAACACUCCUCUUUUUAAUGGUAGAUUUAAUUUUUAUAUUUUAAGGUGUAACGGUCGUUUAAAUAUAUAAUAAUAUUUUGAAUCUUGAUAUAAAUCAAAAAAUAGAUAACUUAAAAGAUCUUGAAUUGAAAUACAAGAAUUUGCUUAAACGAAUGCUAUAAAGAAAUCCAAAUGACAGAAUUAAUAUUGAUUAAAUAAAAAAAGAAAUUGAAGAAAAAAGAUCAUUUAGUGUUGACAGAAAACCAUAAUUUAUUAACAAUAAUUUUUAAUUCGCUAAGAAAAAUUUGGAUUUGAAAACUCCAGUUUAAAUAAACUAGUCAGCCAUUAUUAAUACAAAUUAUUAGAUGACUAAUUCAAAUGCUCCACUUUAAUUUUAAAAUCAGAAUUAAUAAAAUUAAUUCAAAAUACUUGCACCUUGUUCAAAUAUUCAAAAUUCUUAAUAAAUUGCAAAGCCACCUCUAAAAUUUAAUUAGAACUAAUUUUAAAUAUAAUAGAAAUUUACUUAACAUCGAUAAAAUAAUUCUGUAUCAGAUAAAUAGUGA